GCUGCCUAAACUUUUUUUUUUUUUUUUUAACUAGAGAGAAGUGUCACAUCUUGCUCACUUCCCAGUCCACUCCAAGAGAACUUGUGAGAGCCUGUGUAGGGGUGCUGUUAACCAGUCCAGCCCUGGAUGUCUGCUGUAGUGACUUUCAACGCCUCUCACUGAAACAGUCAUGAAGUUGCUUGGAAAGUCCAGAAGCAGGACAGCUGCCUUCCUGCCUCUGUGCUUGCUCUUUAUGAAGAUUCUGCAGCCAGGGCACAGCCACCUUUACAACAACCGCUAUGCAGGUGAUCAGUUGAUAAGACUUAUUCCCAAAACAGAAGAGGAAGCAUAUGCACUGAAGAAAAUAUACCGCCAACUUAAGGUGGACCUGUGGCAGCCCAGCAGUAUCUCCUAUAUAUCAGAGGGAACAGUUACCGACGUCCAUAUCCCCCAAAAUGCUUCCCGGGCACUGUUAACCUUCCUACAGCAAGCCAGCAUCCAGUACAAGGUCCUCAUAGAAGAUCUUCAGAAAGCACUGGAAAAGGGAAGCAGCUUGCAGACCCAGAGAAACCGAAGAUCUCUUCCUAGAUAUAAUUAUGAAGUUUAUCACUCCUUGGAAGAAAUUCAAAACUGGAUGCAUCAGCUGAAUAAAACCCAUUCAGGCCUCAUUCAGAUGUUCUCUAUUGGAAAAUCAUAUGAAGGAAGAUCUCUUUUUGUUUUAAAGCUGGGCAGAAGAUCUCGAGCUUACAAAAGAGCUGUUUGGAUAGACUGUGGUAUUCAUGCAAGAGAAUGGAUCAGUCCUGCCUUUUGUCAAUGGUUUAUAAAAGAAGCUCUUCUAACAUAUCGGAGUGACCCAGCCAUGAGAAAAAUGUUGACUCACCUGUAUUUCUAUAUCAUGCCUGUGUUUAACGUUGAUGGAUACCAUUUUAGCUGGAUCAAUGAUCGAUUUUGGAGGAAAACAAGGUCAAGGAACUCAAGGUUUCGCUGCCGCGGAGUUGAUGCCAAUCGGAACUGGAAAGUGAAAUGGUGUCAUGAAGGAGCUUCUAUGCACCCUUGUGACGACACAUACUGUGGACCUUUCCCAGAAUCUGAGCCAGAAGUGAAAGCUGUAGCCAACUUCCUCCGAAAACACAAAAAGCACAUUAGGGCUUACCUCUCCUUUCAUGCAUAUGCUCAGAUGUUGCUGUAUCCCUAUUCUUACAAAUAUGCAACCAUCCCUAAUUUCAGCUGCGUAGAAUCUGCAGCUUAUAGAGCUGUUAAUGCACUUCGGUCAGUAUACGGGGUACAGUAUAGAUAUGGACCUGCCUCCAGCACAUUGUAUGUGAGUUCUGGUAGCUCAAUGGAUUGGGCAUACAAAAAUGGAAUACCCUAUGCAUUUGCUUUUGAACUCCGUGACACUGGGCAUUUUGGAUUUUUACUCCCAGAGAUGCUCAUCAAACCCACCUGCACAGAGACCAUGAUGGCUGUGAAAAAUAUCACAAUGCACCUGCUAAAGAAAUGUCACUGA